AUGAUAGUAAAAAAAUUUACAGAGUCAAAGCACCUUCUUCGCCCCAAGUCGCUAUGCAUAGACUUCAUUGUGCAUCCUCCCUCGAAGAAGCAUUAUAGUAGUGCGUUGACUUCCCCCGUGUGGCGCUGUUUAAGAGGACCCCGUAGCAGCGACAGAGGUACGUUCAUCCACACGCAUACUAAACUAAAUUCACAAAAUGGAUCCAUACCUAACAUAUUCGAAGAAGAAUUGAGUAAUGUAUUUAAAGAGUACCCAUUAUCGACUCAAAGGAACAGACAAAUUGAAGAUGAGGAAAUAAUUAUACUGAAUGAGGACAGGGAUGAAUUGAAAAAAAUCGGAAACGUCUUGAAGCUAGAUCAAUCCUCCUAUGGGGUAGUACUCCAAAUUAAUAAGAACAGCGUAGUGGUGGGUAGGGUGAAGAAAAAUGGCUGCAUCGAGGGGGCAGAAGCUGAGGUAGAAGAACAUACAACCCAACUUCUAUACCAACAGGAGGGGGAAACAAAUGUGUAUACCCCUUUCGAGUACAUGAAUUACCUCUUAGCAAAGGAGCCAACUAAGCAGCUAAACAUAUUUAGGGAUAGGGUGAAGGAGACCUACCAUGAGAGAGUAGCCAUCAAGCAGCUCCACACAAAUUUACUACUCAUAGACCUAUUUAAAAAAAUAAAUUACGGACAGAAGGUUUGCAUCUCUGGAGAGAAGGACGCAGGCAGGAGAGAAAUUAUUCAGUCUGUCCUGUAUGAAAAUUUAUUAACCAACUUGAUUCACAAAAAUGAGCAUUUUUUUAUCAUUUGUUCGAAUGGCGCCAAGUCGGAGAUGCUGGAUCUGUUCCGCGAUCUCCACAAAUGGUUAGCCCUCGCUUGUUCAGGGGACGGGAAAAGCCAUUUGUUGAAUCACCUUCAGGCUGAUUUUGCAAAAACCGUUCCACACGCCCACGAGCUGUACUCCAACAACUACUCUCUCGAUGGGGUCAAGCUUCCAAACGACGUGCUGCUGAUAUGCACUCCCCCACAAGGUGGGUCCAAAGUAGCAACCUACAUCUCGCCACUCCUCCCCCUCUAUAAUUUGGAAGAGUAUAAAAAAAAGUACAAAAAUGUUGUUCUCAUAUUUUACGACGUGACGACAUAUGGUGAAAUUUGCUCUGAGCUGCAGAAGGAGAUGGAAGUCUUUGUAAAGAAUUACGAGCAGCAAGGAGUGGAGGCCAUCGGGGCAAGGUCCUCUAGGGGUGUGUCAAUAAUGCCACGAACGGCGAUGCCCCCACAGGCAGUUCUGCCUCUUUCUGUGCCUAGCGUCCUUUCGAAAUACAUGGGAGUGUCCAAGUAUCCCCUCUUUUUGGAAGACGCAAUUGGGAAAGACCCCACAGGUUCAGAGUCUGUACGAAGUGACUACACUAAUAAUAAUAAUAAUGCGAGUGAGGAGAUCCGUCCCAGGGACAGCAACAGGAGUAAGGAAAAAUAUAUCUCGAAUUGCAAAUACGGCGAUGCGCUGCUACAAAUGGGGGAUAAAGCAAUUGCAAAAAAUGAAAGCCAAAUAAGUGGGAGCGUCACAACCUUUUGCUUCUUCACCAAGAGUGAGCAAAGUAACCCAGCCAAUGAGUACACAUUAUCGUUAAGCGAAAACAACAUACAAUUGGUGAGAAGUCAUUUAGACAUUCAUCCACACAUUAACCUAAACCAAGCAAUUCAAAAAAUCACAUCAGAUGAAAAUAAAAUUUGGGAAAUAAUUAAAAACGAAAUAAAAAAAAUAUACGAAAGAAGAAAUGAAUUGGCUACAUUAAAUGAAAAUAAAAAAAAAUACAAAAUUUUUAUUGACCAUUGGGAACAAGAAGAUCUCAUUCAUUAUAAUAAUAUUUAUUCCAUUUUAACAUGUGCAAAUUAUUAUAUGUCUACUCUUAGCUCCUUUCAGAUUAUUCUUUUUUUCCAAAUGUUAAUACGAUAUAAUUUUACCAACACAACAAUAUCGAGGAAGAGUGUGCAUUCUUUUUUUUUGCAAUUUUUACAUUUUUAUUUGUCCAAUGAGAAGUACUUAUCCCUCCUGCGUGAUGCCUAUUAUCAGCAGCUGAGUUCGUUUAGGCAUGUGGAAAAUGCCCGUGCUUUUGUGCGCAAAAUGGACAUCGUUUUGCGGAGCCUGCGCCCUCCCUUCCGCUACGUUGCGUAG